GCCGGCGGAAAUGGGGGUCGGGUCCCGCGGCGCGGCAGCGGCGGGGCUGGGGGCGGCUAGCGCCGCAGUCCGUCCCGGCCCGCCCGACGCGGUCCGCCACCCCGUCCCGACCCCGCCGCCCGAGGGCGCGGCCCUGGCGAGCAGCCGCCCGCCCGGCAUGGUGCUCAAGGCCUUCUUCCCCACGUGCUGCGCCUCCGCCGACAGCGGCCUGCUGGUAGGACGGUGGGUCCCGGAGCAGAGCAGCGCCGUGGUCCUGGCCGUGGUGCACUUUCCCUUCAUCCCCAUCCAGGUGAAGGAGCUGCUGGCCCAGGUGCAUCAGGCCGGCCGUGUGGGGCUGGCUGUGCUGGGCACCUGGUGCCACCGCCGCCAGGAGGCUGAGGAGCGCCUGGGGCCCUUCCUGGAGGGCCUGGGCACCAUCUUCUCCCACGAGCCCUGGCUGCAGCUGUGCCGGGAGCGGACCAGCGGGCUCUGGAGCUGCAAGGCCACCUGCCAGCAGGGGCCGGCCCGCCCCGGCAUCAAGGACCAGGUCAUGCUCGUGUUCUACGACCAGCGCCAGGUGCUGCUGUCCCAGCUGCACCCGCCCGCAGCGCUGCCCGACCGCCAGGCCAGGGACGCCGCGGCCAGCGCCGAGGGCUUGGCUGCCGUCUUCGACACGGUGGCGCGCAGUGAGGCGCUCUUCCGGAGCGACCGCUUUGACGAGGGCCCCGUGCGGCUGAGCCACUGGCAGUCGGAGGGCGUGGAGGCGAGCAUCCUCGCGGAGCUGGCAAAGCGGGCCUCGGGGCCCGUCUGCCUGCUGCUGGCCUGCCUGCUGUCACUCAUCUCAGCCGCCAGCGCCUGCCGGGUGCUCAAGCUGUGGCCACUGUCCUUCAUCUGGAGCAAGCUGUCUGUGUGUGGGCAGCUCGGGCACCGACUGGAGCAGCUCGCGCUCGUCUUCAGCACCCAGAAGGCCGAGAACCCCGCCCAGCUGAUGAGGAAGGCCAACGUGCUUGUCUCUGUGCUUCUCGAUGUGGCCCUCGGCCUUGCACUGCUGUCCUGGCUUCAUGGGAAGGACCGCAUCGGGCAGCUGGCGGAGGCCGUCGUCCCUGUGGCUGAUCACGUGGCCGAGGCGCUCCAGCACCUGCUGCAGUGGCUGAUGGGAGCACCCGCUGGGCUGAAGAUGAACCGGGCGCUGGACCAGGUGCUGGGCCGCUUCUUCCUGUACCACCUGCACCUAUGGAUCAGCUAUGUCCACCUCCUUUCCCCCUUCAUUGAGCACAUCCUGUGGCAUGUGGGCCUCUCGGCCUGCCUGGGGCUCACGGUCGCCCUGUCCACCCUGUCCGACAUCAUCGCCUUGCUCACCUUCCACAUCUACUGCUUCUACGUCUACGGGGCCAGGCUGUACUGCCUGAAGAUCUGCGGCCUGUCCUCGCUCUGGCGCCUCUUCCGGGGAAAGAAGUGGAACGUUCUGCGCCAGCGCGUGGACUCGUGCUCCUAUGACCUUGACCAGCUGUUCGUCGGGACUCUGCUGUUCACCGUGCUGCUCUUCCUGCUGCCCACCACGGCCCUGUACUACCUGGUGUUCACCUUGCUCCGGCUGCUGGUGGUGGCCGUGCAGGGCUUGAUCCAUCUGCUUGUGGACCUCGUCAACUCCCUGCCGCUCUACUCGCUUGGCCUCCGGCUCUGCCGGCCCUACAGGCUCGCAGCGGGCGUGAGGUUCCGAGUCCUGGAGUGCGAGGCUGGCAGGCCCCUCCGCCUCCUGAUGCAGAUAAACCCCCUGCCCUACGGUCGUGUGGUGCACGCCUACCGCCUGCCCAGCUGCGGCUGCCACCCCACGCACUCCUGGGGCUCCCUGUGCCGCAAGCUGUUCUUCGGGGAGCUCAUCUACCCCUGGAGGCAGAGAGGGGACAAGCAGGACUGAGAGGCCCCUGUGGCUGGCCUGCCCAGCACCACCGUGCGGCCUCACUCGGCCCUCGUUCUCACCGGGGGUGCGGACCGUCAGG